AUGUUGGUGAUUUUGAUACAGGCUGCCGUGGUUUUUAAUGACAGGCAAGAAUCAGUCCGAGACUCGUGCGGGUCUUAAAUGUCUGUAUUUUCCAACCGACUUCGUCACCCGAUGUAAAACACGUGCCAUCCUAUCCAUGCUCUCCUCCUAUUCGGACAUCCAAGUUAAUCGAUCAGGGAAACGCUGUUUUCGGUCGACAGCUUCCGAGGUUCCCUCUGCGUUUCACCCCCUAAUGUGUUGGAGUUGGAAUUACACAUUUAGCUGAUUAUUAGCCUACGCAUGAUUUAAUUCGGACCUUUUUCAUCCUAAAUCGUGUUUCCUCUUAUCCCAGUAAAAAGGGGGAGUUUAUGAUGAUUGCAUUGUUGUAGUAGGUGCUGUUCCUGAGAGAGGAUGCAAGGCAGCUUGUAUGCGGUUGAUGCCUGACCGAAGCGCCCGCUCACUGUUUUCUCACCGGGAAUCUAACAAGACAGUCUCUCGUAGAGUUCCCGCUAUUUGACAGGAUGCAACUGCAUGAUCUGUACUAAAACGGCCAGAGCAGGCUUCAUUGGCAAUGGUUUUUUGAGGUUUGUACAAGUGGGAGCCGGCGGGAAGGAACGCAGCGUGUUAUAUGGGCAUAUAACUAGCAGCGUCUCCCGAGAAACAGCGUUUGUUUUAUGCCAUUUGCAUAUGGUUGAACCGCUCCUGAACCAUCUCCUGACACCAAUACAUUCAGUUCUUGCUGUGGUUUUGCUGUGCGUUUUUCUUUUGCAUGCCUGUAAGAGACACCAACUUGUGUUGCGGGAAUCGCUCCUGAAGUAUAUGGGGAGAGAAUAUAUUGGCAUCUAUCUAUGCGCGUAAAUAUGGGACUAUAUUGGACAUAUGUUUGAGUUAUUACAUUAACCGUCUGAAGGGAAAUUGUGCACGAAAUAGUAGAGUUUCUUGUCAAAUAAUCCGAAGAAUGUACCGGUAGCCUAGAUAGAUGGUGUUAUUUUGGGGGGGAUUCAGUGACGCAACAUUUCAUACGGCCUGGAUGAGGAACAUAUACAUCCAUGUGUAGAAGGGCGUGAACUCACAUACUCACAGUUGGUACCCUCCUUCCUUCUCUAGUGUUAAUAGCGUUCCCUUCGCAGCUAGUACUUUCCCAUUCUUCCCCUUCACACUGAUACCACAUAGCCUCGUCAUGGAUCUCAACGCGGAGUCAGAAGAGAUGGUGGACUCCUUCAAGCCACCGGUGCCCAUCGAAGUUUUCGCCAGCAGGUCCACACUGCACGGCAUCUCGCACCUGUUCACCUACGAACGGAUGUGCAUCAAGCGGUGCCUGUGGAUCUUGUUCUUCCUGGCCUCUCUGGGGUUCCUGGUGUUGGUGUGUGUGGACCGGGUUCAGUUCUACUUCCAGUACCCUCACGUUACCAAGCUGGACGAGAUAGUGACCCCGCUGAUGAUAUUCCCCGCUGUCACCUUCUGCAACCUGAACUCUUUUCGCUUCGGCAGGGUGACGCGCAACGAUCUGUACCAUGCAGGGGAGCUCCUUUCACUACUCAAUGGAAGGUAUGAGAUCAGAGACACUCACCUGGUUGAGGAGAGCGUUCUGGAGACCCUAAAGAUCAAAGCUGACUUCCUCAACUUCAAGCCCCGCCCCUUUAACAUGCGAGAGUUCUAUGACCGGACGGGCCACGACAUCAAGGACAUGCUGCUGUCAUGCUACUACCGCGGGAUGGAGUGCAGCGCUGAGGACUUCACUGUGAUCUUCACUCGUUAUGGGAAAUGCUACACGUUCAACUCUGGUCAAGAUAACCGCCCGCUGCUGGUGACCAUGAAGGGAGGGAUGGGUAACGGACUGGAGCUGAUGUUGGAUAUACAACAGGACGAAUACCUGCCCGUCUGGGGGGAAACAGAUGAGACAUCAUUUGAGGCAGGCAUCAAGGUCCAGAUCCACACUCAGGACGAGCCACCCUUCAUUGACCAGCUGGGCUUUGGAGUGGCCCCAGGCUUCCAGACCUUCGUAUCCUGUCAGGAACAACGGCUGACGUACCUGCCUCCUCCGUGGGGCGACUGCAAGUCCACUCCCAUAGACUCUGACUUCUUCAGCUCCUACAGCCUCACGGCCUGCCGUAUCGACUGUGAGACGCGCUACCUGGUGGAGAACUGUAACUGCCGCAUGGUGCACAUGCCUGGAGAUGCCCCAUACUGUACCCCAGAGCAGUACAAGGAGUGUGCCGACCCUGCCUUGGACUUCCUGGUGGAGAGGGAUAAUGACUACUGCGUGUGUGAGACACCCUGCAACAUGACGCGCUUUGGAAAGGAGAUGUCCUUCGUCAAGAUUCCCAGUAAGGCCUCAGCCAAGUACCUGGCCAAGAAGUACAACAAGACUGAGCAAUACAUUGCUGAUAACAUCCUGGUUCUGGAUAUCUUCUUUGAGGCUCUGAACUACGAGACCAUCGAGCAGACGAAAGCUUACGAGUUCGCAGGGUUGCUGGGUGAUAUUGGUGGUCAGAUGGGUCUGUUCAUUGGAGCCAGUAUCCUCACCAUCUUGGAGCUCUUUGACUACCUAUAUGAGGUGAUCAAGUACAAGCUGUGUCGGUGCUCAAAUAAGAAACACAAACGCAGCAACAGCAACGACCGGGGAGCAGCUCUGAGUCUGGAGGACAUCAAGCGCCAUACGCCCUGUGAGAACCUGCGCACGCCGGGUUCGUAUCCUGCCAACAUGCUUCCUCACCAUCCAGCACAGGGCAACUUCGAAGACUUCACAUGCUGAGCCAAUCAGGAAAAAGCAGGAAAUACCUGAGCCAAUCAGGACAGGAGGAAGAAGGAAUAACCUGGCUGGCAGUAUGCAACCAAAGUCAACCAUACAACAAGAAUAUCUGACGUGAACGGAUUCUCAAUAUGGAAACUUUUCUUACUGUCUGAAAGGAGGGGGGAAAUAUCAACAAUCACAACAAUUACAUUAAGAGAGAAGAAGAAGAUUUUUCCAAACAUAAAUAUCUGUAAAAGUUCCAGAACAUUUUUGGGAAUUUGGAAUCAUAAAAGUAAAUCCUGAAUGUUCUAUGUCUAUGUCUGGAAUAGAACCAGGAAACGAAGACUCUACUCUUCAAGAUCACACUGCAAAUAUGGACUUCUCACUCUAAAACAGACAGAUAUGGGAAAUGUAUCUAACUAGUGUACAGACACAGCACUGUACAAAAAACAUCAACAGAGCCUCAUGCCUUUAUAACAGCCAACACCUGGCUCUCAGUUGCUGAUGGCUGGCCUAUUAGGAUAAUAGUAUGAUGGGGAUGAAUUCCAUUUCAAUUCAGACAAUUAACUUCCCGAAUUGACUGAAUUGGAAUGGAAUUGACCCCAACCCUGGUCAGUGGAGAAAUGUUGUGCUUCACUCAACUCCACUGUAGAUAUAGCACCGUAACUGCUGUGAUGCUUCGUCGGGGUACAGUUCCAGUGGGAGUCUCUGUCUGUCUUGAGAAUGUAGCCAUCUCCACAAUGGGUUACAUCAAUAACAACCAAGAUGAGUAGUGGAAGCAUUUAGGGAGAAGGUAGUAGAGAGCUCUACCAUUUAGUAAAAACGUAAUGGUGAACUUUUCAGGUCUCAUCUUGUAAAUGCAUGCUUGUAUAUCGUCUUCUGCAUGUAUUACCUUUUUUUUAAAUUGUUUAAUUCUUUUUCAUUUGCAUUAUUGCUGCCAAGUUUGCCUCGAUGAUACAGGAAGAAGAUGAUGCUCCCCUCCUAAUAGUGCGUGUGCGUGCGUGCGUGCGUGUGUUUGUGUAAUGAAAUGUGUUGGUUUGUGUGACCAGCCUGGUUGAAUCCACCAGAUAGCAGCUGAACCUCAUUCCAACAACACGCCUUGUUUCAUUAAUCCAUGUUAAAUGUGUGCCCUAUCCUAUAAUCCCAAAUCAUCCCCUAGCAACUAUGCCGUACGUACUUGUAUGGAGACAAUUCCACCUGUCACAGACAGAGCUUCCACAUUGUGUACGCCUAUCCAGUCCUCUCAGUUCUACGGUGCCUAGGGAGUAGUAGGGGCUACGGUUUGACAUGGGAUUUAGGAAUGACUUGUGAGAUGUGUUAUUUCCAGUCUAUUCAUUUACUCAUGGUCUUGACUGACAUAAGGGGUGUGUGGGUAGUUUUCCAGAUAUCAGUUCAUUUUGGUUUCCCUUGUAAUUCUGUGCGGGUUUUGAAAUGUUCUGUAUCUGUGUUCUAGUCGCAAAUAUGUCAUUAUCAAAGCACAAUUACACCGAUAUGUAGAGGUGAUGAUGUAAAAGAAAAAGUAGAUGAAUUCUUAUGGAUAUUCUCAUAAUACCAAGGUUUUUUUAUUAUUACAGUGUAGCAGUUUUUUGGGUUUGUUUUCUUUUGCUACAGAAUAGGGUUCCAGUAACUUUCCCAACAUUUCCAGGUUUUUUCAGAAAUCCUCGGAAUCAGGAGGGAAUCUUCCGGCUGGAAAUCCUUCGCCCGGGAUUUCCGGAAGACCUGGGAAUUUGGGAAAAGUUGCAGGUAUUUUGUAACCGUGCUACAUAAACAUACAUAUUGCCUGAUAGUCCAGUCUCCAUCAGGUUACCGACUGUUCUAUUUAUCUAACAAAGCAUAUUAUAAUAAAAUGUAAAUAUCAUUUUGAUCAUUUAUUA